UUGCGUGGCCACGAGUGUAGUUGAGUCCGUCAAAACAAACAAAACAAACGAUGGAAACAGAUAAGUGUCAUCUGGCUUUAUAAAUAUUUAGCUCUAAAAUAACGGUUCUCGUAAAUAUUCGCCACCUACUGCGAUAAAAAAAAUUAAAUGAAUGAUAUUUGUGGACGCUUACAUCAAGUUUUCCCAGAAAAAAACAUCAAAUUAGGCGAUGGCUUCAUAGAAACAAUAAGUUAAAAGUAGCUUUCUAAGUAUGCCUUAUACUUUUGAGUUUCUUACUUUUUGAAAAAUAUUGCUUCAAUUUUUUUAAACAAACUUGACAUCUUUAUUUAACGAAUUUUUGAAACCUUGUGUAUGGCGAGAGUAACUUCCACAUUGUGCAAGAACUAAACACUCCUCCAAAUAACACUCACAACUGUAUGAGCGCGUUACAACGAUUUUUCAAUAGAUUUAAGAAGGAAAAGUCUGAGAUCUUAUAAAAUGUAUAUGUAUAUAAAUCAUCAGAUCAAUGAGCUAAGUCGAAUUAGCCAUGUCCGUCUGUUCUGUUUGACCGUCUGUCUAUAUAUGAGCGAACUAGUUCCUCAGUUUGAGAGGCAUCGAUCCGAAAUUUUGUUCAAGUUGAUUUGUACUCAGGUUAUUUGUCGAAACCGCCAAUAUUGGGCCACCGAACGAUCAAACAAUUGUCCCUGUUUGGAAAAUUUUUUUAAUCGACAAAUAUCAUUCCGAAAUCUCUGAUUUUAGUUGGCAAAGAUUUUCUAUAACAUUUAGCCGCUGUACAAACUGAGCUCCAAAAUCAAUAUAAAGAAAUAUUUAGAACAUUUUACACUAAAAGAAAUGCACCUGUGAGGAGCAUUAUGACUUUACUACAGUCGAUCUUAACGUUUUUGCUUGUAUUCAAUUUAUAUGUGUUAGUUGGUGGGCAUGACUGUUAGCCGAUUUCAAUGAAAUUUUAUAUUUUAUCAUUUAAUUUAUGCAGGCGGGGAACAUUACACCAGCAUGUCACAAACAAAAAUUUAAAUAUUAUGAUCCAACGAAAACAUUUUCUAUAACAGUACAUUCAACUCCUUUAGGAAGUAGCUACAAAAAAAGCAUAACUGUUAAAUACUUAUGUACAUAUGUAUGUGUUACUAUAUGAUUGUCAUAUAAUAAUUGACUCGAGUUUUUGUAUUUAUUUUUUUUUCAAUAAACAAAAUUUAUUUCGCUUUUUGUCCAUCGAACUGCAACAAAAUUUUACGCUUAUGACUUUGGCAAAACGGAAAUAAUAAAAUCAAGAAGUUUGUGCAAAGAAACAAAAAACACUGAAAAAGUCAAAUAACUAAAAAAUAAUAUAUUUAAUAAACAAGCGAUUGCAACAAAAAGGCAGCAUUUUGGCCGGCUGUAAAUGGAUGUACAAGUGCAAAUAAGUGAAAGCGGUUCACAGUGCAGCAGGUGCUGCUGUUGGUACUGUUGGCGGCGAAACGGUGACGAGCCAGUAAACAGUUUUUUCAAAUCACAAUGGCAGAAGAGUGAGUGGUCCAUACUAUUCUUGAUAUACCGCUGGUGCUUUGCCACCUGGUUGGCGGUCACUAUGGGUUUGAGCUUGGAGCUGUUUUUCUUCGAUGGCAAAUGGUUUAUUUACUUCACCAAUUGGGGUUACUCGCUCUGUACAUUUGUCGCGCUACUCAGCGCCAUAUUAGUUACGGUCUACUGUUUCACUGCGCCAAAAACACCUUGCCCACGCUGGAUCGUGAAAUUAUACUGGCAUCUGCAUAUAUCCGCAUUUGUAUGUGCUAUCGGUCUAUCAUUUCUUUAUUGGGCUUUUAUAUAUCCAUUUUCGAAUUUUAAAGUCCCCGAAGGCAUACAUCGCAUCGAAAUCAUACGGUUGUAUCGGUACUUCUUCGAUGGACCCGAUAAUCACAGUUGUCUUGCCUACUUCCACAACAUCAAUUCGCAUGCAAUCAACUCGGUUUUAAUGAUUAUCGACCAAGUUGUGGUGGCAUUUCCCACCCGUAUAAUACACUUUGUCUAUCCAGCGCUCAUUGUCAUCGCAUAUUUAGUAUUUUCGAUAGUAUAUUUUCUGAUAGGCGGCGAAAAUGUCAUAGGUAAACCAUAUAUAUACAGAAUACUUAAUUGGGGCGAAUAUCCCGUGUCUUCCGCACUAGUCGCUUGUAGCGGUUUGCUACUUGUGGUGCCAAUGUGUGUUUUGGCAUUUCUUAUUUACAAAUUACGUGUGUGGGUGAGUUCCAGCAAAUAUCUAUCGUAAAACUUAAUAUUGGAAACCAAGAAAAAAAAUUAAAUUAAAUUAAGUAAUAUGAAUGCUCUUUACAUGAAAAAAUAAAGGUAACUUACUAUUAUUAGAAAAAUUUAUGUAAUAAGUGCGUGUUUUCGAAAGCCUUUCGUAUUAUUCAAAUAACAUCAUUUUU